UAUCAGUGAUGUUCACGUGUUGAGAUUUUAGAAGGGUUUUAGCUCUUUCUCCUCUGUAAACCGACUUUCAGGGGUAGCUUUCAUUUUCUCCCAUGGCUGUAUCAACCUAAAAUGAACAUCAUCAUUACCACAAUCUCCUCUGUAAAACCCUAACCCUAAACCCCAAAAAUCUCAACCAUGAAACCCCUUUUAUCAAGACCCGUUUUUACAAUAUCUCUCUUCACUAACCCAAACCCAAGAACCUUCUUUCAAAUAGCCCAUUUCAGUACCAAUUUUCAAAACCAAGCCCAAUCUAGUUACCCGUCUCGUCGCCAUGAAGAAGAAAGUCGUAAUGUGAAGGUAUCAGUGUGGUGGGAUUUUGAGAAUUGUUCACCACCAGCUGGUGUUAAUGUUUUCAAGAUUGCACAGAGUAUUACUACAGCUAUUAGGACUAAUGGUAUUAAGGGUCCUAUACAUAUUACUGCUUUUGGUGAUGUAUUGCAGCUUUCUAGGAUAAAUCAAGAAGCACUUUCUUCUACUGGGAUUAAUCUUGCUCAUAUUCCUCAUGGUGGAAAGAACAGUGCUGACAGGUCUCUCCUUGUUGAUCUGAUGUAUUGGGUUUCUCAGAAUCCUCCACCAGCACACCUCUUCUUAAUUUCAGGUGACAGGGAUUUUGCUGGAAUAUUACAUAGGCUGAGGAUGAACAACUAUAACAUUCUGCUCGCCAGUCCAGAAAGUGCCCCUAGUGUUCUUUGCAGUGCAGCUAGUAUCAUGUGGCAAUGGAAUGCGUUACUGAAAGGUGAAGACCUUAUGGGAAAGCAUUUUAACCAGCCCCCAGAUGGUCCUUAUGGUUCUUGGUAUGGUCACUACAGGGCACCUCUUGAUGACCCUUUUGCAGUUACAGAACAACCCGCAAAUCUUCGCUUUGAGGAAGUGUCCGAAGCUGUUGUAGAACCAAAAUGUCGGCCAAUUCCGAGGCCAAUAGUGAGGCAUAUCCGCAAUGUUUUGAAUUCAAACCCCAAAGGAGUUUCUAUUACAGAACUUCGCGCAGAAUUAGCAAGAAGCAAUUUGAGUAUAGACAAAGAUUUCUACGGAUAUAAGAAGUUCUCUCGUUUUCUUUUAGCCAUGCCAAGUAUUUUAAAGCUCCAUUCUGGAAGUGAUGGGAAAUAUUUGGUGCGGAGCGUCAUCCCUAAAGUUCCUGAACAAAGUGACAAUUCAGGCAUAAGUGCAGAGCCUGAAACUAAUGGAGAGGCAGAAUUUGCUAAUGUUCCUAUAUUGAAUGGUGAGACAGGAAGUUGUAUGGAGGGCAAGUAUGAGAAGCCAUCAUCUGAACAAAAAGUGAAAACAUCUCUAAGAAAAUUGCAGGGACCCCAGAAAGUACAAGAGGUAGCUACAGAUGUUCACCCGCCCCCACCUGAGAAUGUGGUUUCUAAAGGAAGUGAGGCUCAAUUGCAGACUGCCGAGCAGCAUGGUUCUGCACCUGAAACAGGCUUUUUAAAAAAGUUAUGGAAUAGGUGGUUUAGGAACAAGGAGACUGCUUCUGGGGAAAUGAUCUCAAAUGUGAAGUCAAAAACUGCAGAAAAGGAUGUAGAAUUGAAGAGUCAUUCUGAGCAAUCGGAGGGUUCCCCUUCUUUUGCUUCUGGUAAUAAUUCAGAGGACACAAUGGAGAAGCGUAGCCAGGAGUCCAGCCUUUUUAACCAGAUUAAGAACUGGUGUAGAUCUUGGAGAAGCUCCAAGCUCUCGGAUGAAACAGGCUUAGAAUCCCACGAAGAAUUCAAGAAGACAGAACUUUGUCCUGGGGCAGAGGAAUUAUUUUCAAAGGAAUCCUUUUGGAGAGAAUUGGGAUCAUUCUUAAUUACAAGCCAUGGUUCAGUGCUUGUCUUGCAAUCACGAACUAGGGCUCAGAUGGCGCAGAAUCUCCAACGAGAAGGUCCUGCAUUUCUGAAUUCUCUUAGUGAAGGUGAUGCUCUUCGGCUUGUAGACAUGCUAACCUCAGAUAGGAAAUGGGUGGAUGAAUGUCUUUCCCGUACCUUCCCUUACAAGCUCUAUCAGCCAGCUGUCAAAGCUUCAAUGAAGAGUAAUUCUUCCAGUUCGGAUGAGUUGAGUUCUGUGUUUAGGAAUACGAGGGAUACAUCUAAUUUGCAAAGCUCACAAGAACUUGAUCGCGAGAAAAGACACCAAAAUCCCCCUCACACUGGAGUUUCUCGACCUGUCAAUCUCAGUCAUUCUGGUAAGUCCAGAAAUCAGGUGCUUAUUGACUGUCAGAAACUGGUGGACGACAUUGUAAAGCAAUACCCAGAAGGAUUCAACAUGGGAUCUUUCAGGUCUUUAUUCCAUGAAAGGUAUGGAUAUUUACUGGAAGUAAAUAAGAUUGGCUACGCGAAGUUAAUUCAUCUUCUUCAGAUAAUGCCUGGGAUAAGAAUAGAGUCUAGUUACAUUGUUCCCACUGAUCGAGUCCAGAAAAGUCCAGGUCUAAAGACAGAUGAGCCGUCUGAUCAAGAAAGUGAUUUCAGUGGUAAUGAAGCCAAUUUAGAUAGUGAAUCAUCGAGUUUGCCGGGUAAAGAUAAUGAGCUUGAUUCCCGUUGGGAGGAACUAGGUCCAGUGUCUAAUGGAGAAGCCAAAGAUGAAUCAAGUGAACAAAAACAUGGCAACUAUGAAGCCCCAUUGGAUCGUGAUUUCUCUGAUUCCGAUGAGGACACCUCAUCUUCCACAAAACUGCACAAUGGGAAGAAGUCGAAAGUGAAGGAGGAAGAUAGCUCAUUGUUACAGAUUCUUGAUUCAUGGUACGGUAGAAAGGAGGGCUCAGAAAAUGUUGAAGGGAUGGUAGAAUUGUCAACCGAUGGUUCAAAAUUAGAUACUUCAGUAUCAGUUGACAAAAUGGAGAACUCUCCCACUAGGAGGAGGCAGAAGACUUACUCAUUUGUGACAGACCAACCUGGGGACACUAAGGAUAAGUUGAUUGAUGGUAUAUUGGGUAGCUUGAAGAAGUCAGGCGAGAAGUCGACUGAGGCGAGGGUGAAGGUCUGAUGGUUGAGAAGAACAUUGGUGGAACGGCUUCUUUACAUCAAUUUAUAGGAUAGGUGGUUAGCAAAUAGCACACAUUGUGCAACACAGUGCUAAUGUUUUGCUAAUGAUCUCUGAUUAAAAUAGGCUAGUAUAUCAGAGAAUUGUAGAGUAGAGAGGUUUCUGUUCUUUUCUACUCCUAUCUUUAAUUAGGUGUUACAAUGGUGAUACCACUAGUAGAUUCACAUAUUCAUAGUGGUGGAUUCUUAUGAAACCAACACCUUGAACGAGUCGUAUGAUUGGAGGGAUUGAAAAAUAUAAACCCAGAAUAAAA